UCUUUCGUAUCUCUUUAGAGAGUGUUUAUAGAACACAGCGAAAGACUCUGUCUUUCCCACAUUUCUUUCGCCAUGAUCUCCUUGAAAAACAGUUUUCUGAGUGGCUCGUGCAGCAGUCCUGUACCAGGGAAACAGAGAGCAGGACUCGUAGUGCCUACAGCUCCUUCUUCUCUGAAAGUAGUAGCUUUAAAUCCCAAUAGGGAACGAAACGGCAGCAUUAUGAUGGAGAGCACACUACAAGAAAUGAGAGAUGGUGCUUCUGUGCUUGACUUAGACCCCAAAUCCACCGUUGCUGGUGGGGUCCGUGAUGUGUAUGGUGAGGAUACUGCCACUGAGGAUCAGUUUGUCACUCCUUGGUCCCUCUCUGUUGCUAGUGGGUAUUCCUUGUUGCGAGACCCACACCACAACAAAGGGCUCGCUUUCAAUGAUAAAGAGAGAGAUGCCCACUAUUUGCGUGGCCUUCUUCCCCCAGCAAUAGUUUCUCAGGAGCUCCAGGUGAAGAAAAUGAUGCACAUAAUUCGUCAAUAUCAACUUCCAUUGCAAAAGUACAUGGCUAUGAUGGAUCUUCAGGAGAGAAAUGAAAAAUUAUUCUAUAAGCUUCUUAUCCAAAAUGUUGAGGAGAUGCUCCCCAUUGUGUACACUCCAACUGUUGGUGAGGCAUGCCAGAAAUAUGGAAGCAUCUUUGGUCGUCCUCAGGGUCUCUACAUCAGCUUGAAAGAAAAGGGAAGAAUUCUUGAGGUAUUGAGGAACUGGCCUGAGAAGAAUAUUCAGGUCAUUGUUGUGACUGAUGGUGAGCGAAUUUUGGGGCUGGGAGACCUUGGAUGUCAGGGUAUGGGGAUACCUGUGGGGAAACUUUCUUUAUAUACAGCACUUGGCGGAGUUCGCCCUUCAUCUUGCUUGCCUGUAACAAUUGAUGUGGGAACCAACAAUGAGAAGCUGUUAAAUGACGAGUUCUAUAUAGGUCUCAGGCAAAGAAGGGCUACCGGACAGGAAUAUGCAGAACUGCUACAUGAAUUCAUGACUGCGGUCAAACAGAAUUAUGGUGAGAGAGUCCUCGUUCAGUUUGAAGACUUCGCAAACCAUAAUGCUUUUGAUUUGCUUGCAAAAUAUGGUACAACUCAUCUUGUUUUCAACGAUGAUAUUCAGGGCACAGCAUCUGUGGUCCUAGCAGGGCUUGUUGCAGCACUAAAAUUAGUUGGUGGAUCCUUAGCUGAUCACAGAUUCUUAUUCCUUGGUGCUGGAGAAGCUGGCACCGGAAUUGCAGAACUCAUAGCCCUGGAGAUGUCAAAACAGACAAACAUGCCAGUGGAAGAGACUCGUAAGAAGAUUUGGCUGGUGGACUCGAAGGGGUUGAUUGUUAGUUCUCGUAUGGAUUCACUCCAACAUUUUAAGAGGCCCUGGGCUCAUGAACAUGAACCUAUUAAGACACUUCUGGAUGCUGUUAAUGACAUUAAGCCAACAGUUUUAAUUGGAACAUCAGGAGUGGGAAGAACAUUUACUAAAGAAGUAGUUGAGGCUAUGGCCUCCUUCAAUGAGAAACCUAUAAUUCUUGCUCUUUCUAAUCCAACUUCACAAUCCGAAUGUACUGCUGAAGAAGCUUAUACAUGGAGUCAGGGCCGUGCUAUUUUUGCUAGUGGAAGCCCAUUUGCCCCUGUUGAAUAUGAGGGAAAGGUUUAUGUGCCUGGUCAGGCAAACAAUGCAUAUAUCUUUCCUGGAUUUGGUCUGGGUUUAAUUAUGUCGGGUACAAUCCGUGUUCAUGAUGAUAUGCUUCUGGCAGCAUCGGAAGCUUUGGCUGCACAGGUGACCCAGGAAAACUUUGACAAGGGGCUCAUUUACCCACCAUUCACAAACAUCAGAAAGAUUUCAGCGAAUAUUGCUGCCAAUGUGGCUGCUAAAGCUUAUGAACUUGGAUUGGCUUCUCGCCUCCCUCAACCGAAGGAUCUGGUGAAGUAUGCCGAAAGCUGUAUGUACAGCCCUGCCUACCGAAGUUACCGGUGAAGUGGAGGAAGGUUCAUACCUCUCCCACCUAACCACACCUCCACCUUCUCCCCAAGGAAGGGAAGAAAACCAAAAAAAAUGUAUUAAAGAGAAAAGAGUAGAAAUUCACGCUUAGUCACAUAAUCAGCUGUUUUUACCAUUUUUUUUCCUCCCCUUAUUAUUAUUCUUUUUCCAAUGUUUCAAUCGUUAAUCUCUUCUUUAAUACGUUGUCAUGUAAGUCAUUUUGGUGGGUAAGCAGUAGCACAUGAUAGGUGCUGGUAGUUGGAUGCACGAAAUGGAAUGUAGCAUGUUAUCGACUUUGAAAAUUCUCAUAUGAACGUCAAAUUCAAUAGUGAUCUUUGACUUCUCA